AUGGGCGGUUGCGCUGGUGGUGCGCGAGAAGGCCGUGCGUGCCUCCCUGCCGCCAGGCUGCUUCGGAUGCCGCCCGACACCAUCGUGCGGUGCGAGGUAGCGCUGCAGGAGGGGAAUUGGGCCAGGCAGGCGCCUCCGCCUGGCGCGGCGGGCGGCCUGCCUCGCCCCUCUUCGGCCGCUGACGCCUUCACGCACGGGGGCUGGGACGCUCCAGCGGUCGAGCGCCUGCUGACAGGCGAUGCGACGCCGCUCAGGGGCGAGGCCACCCCCUACACGCCCGUCUGCUCCGUGAAGGCGGACACGCUGCUGCAGGAGCUCGGCGUCGGCGGCCUUGCUGGCCUUGGGGCCCCUGCGGGGGAUUGCUGCCCCGCGGAUGGCGACGCCGCUGCUGCGCGGGACACCGCUGCCGCGCUGCACGUGGUUGGUCAUUGCCCCGUCGUCGAGGCGGGCUCGGACGUGGUAUUCGAGAGCGUUGCCACCCCGACUGCCCAGCCGAAGGAGCAGCUGGAGGCGUCGAAGCUGCAGGAGGGGAUUCCCGCGGUCGAGCCCGAGCGGGUCCUGGAGGAGACCGUGGGCGUGUGCACGGCCGUUGACGUCGAGGUCGGCUCGGAGCUGGAGUUCGAUGCCUGGAAGCGUCUGGUGAGCGGGUUCACCGUUGACGGGCACCCUGUGGGCGUGCCUGCGAGGAGCCCGCCGUGCUAG